GUGGAGGAGAACGGCAAGAAGCCUGCAGCUUACAAUAUACUUUGCACCCUUAGUCAGUUGCAGGCUUCGCAUGAAAUGACCCCCCAGCUUGGUCGUUUUACAUUUCGUUCCGCAUGCUGGGAGUAUUUCGCCUUGCUCCCCGCAGGAUCCGAGACGAACAACGCAGCUCUAGAUGGAAAUCUUUUCUUCUUGCAGCUGUACACAGAGGUGGGUGGUUUCUUGGAUGCUGCUGGGCUCCAAGCGGUCGCAGGCUCCACACCGCUGCACUGGGCUGCACGAUAUGGCCACGCCCCAAUUGUCAGGUUGCUCCUGGACUCCAAAGCUAGUCCAGAUGAGCAAAACAACAUGGGCGACACCGCCAUGCACGAGGUGGUUGCCAAAGCCAACUUGUCGCUCCGAAACCGCGAGUCUCGGACACCGCUGGAGGCCCUAAAGCCGGGGUCACUCACAAGAACAAGGCAUGGGUUAUUAGCAGGGCUGACAAUGCGCACCGCUCUGCUGGCUUGCUUCGCGCUGAGCCAUGCCGAGCUGCUCUGCUGGCGGAAUUCGGUGCCAAAGAGGAGCCGCAGCACUUGGUCCAAUGCGCGAUGUUUGCUGCAAAGUUCUGCUGAGGUCCCGCAGUGCUCCUGGCGUGUUGCCAGUCGCAGCCCGACACGCUGGGAAGUCGCAGCAACGCUGGACAUGCAUUCUGACGCGGUGUGUGGGGUUGCGUGGUCCCCGAACCAGCAGCGGAUACUCACUGCAAGUGCUGAUGGCACCGUGGGUCUUUGGGAGGAGCAGAACAUCAGCUACUCUCCAGUGCAAAAUCACGACCCAGAAGCAUUUCAACUGGUGGCCAUCCUUGGCUCCAACAGCCACAGUCCGGUCCGCGAUGCGACCUGGUCACCGGACAGCGAGCUGAUCCUAGCUGCAAGUCUGGACGGCUCGGCGAGAGUCUGGCAGCUCGCGGGCGACGCGCGCCGGAUCCUGCGCAACGUGAGCGAGGCUGACUUAGAGGACUUCCACUCCGACAACGCCUCGGAGGACAACUUCACCAGGCUCCGACCUCCGGCAGUGCAGGGACGUCUUCUGGAGCCUUGGUCUGUACACUCCAUGCUCAUGCAGUCGGACACAGCGCUGGCAGUGGAAUGGAGCUCCAAUGAGAGUGCUGUAGGUCGUGUGCUCGCCGGCUCGCGAGAGCGAACGGCCUGUGUGUCCCAUCGCGAUGCGAGCUUCGAGCCUUGCGCGUCCAGCCAUGAGCUCGCGGAGCGCAGCACCGGGGCUUCCUACCUGCUAGGUUUGGACCAUUCUGCAUCAAUUUGGCAUGCGAGCAAAGAAAUUCCCAGCCGCUGGGCCCUGGAAGCAACGCUGGAGGGCGUCCAUCACUUAAUGGUCUCUGUUCGAUGGUCACCAGACGGCAAAGAGCUCCUGACGGGGGGCAGCGACGGCCUCGCCCGCAUCUGGACCCUUACCGACACGGACUUCCAGGGUAGCGGUCGACAGCGCUGGAACCUCCGGGCGAAGAUGCAGGUGCACAGCCAGGCUGUUCGAGCCGUUGCUUGGUCUCCUGAUGGACAGCACGUGCUGACGAGCGGUCGCAGGGGCUACGCAUAUAUCUGGCAUCCCUUGGAGGGUGAUGCCGACUGGGUGCUCAAGGGGUUCCUGACGCAAGCAAAUGGCAUGGAAGUGCCACCGAACUUGACGAACACGGCGUUGCAUUCACCAGUGAACCCGGAACGCCUGGACACUCUGCACUCGGACUCCAACAUGGGCUGGGUUUCCGACUGGUCGCCUGUCCACGUUGCAUCCUGGUCCUCGGACGGGCGCAGGAUCGCGACCGGCAGCCCAGACGGUUCAGUGCGCCUGUGGUUGAAUGAUCUGACGGUUUAUGGCCGGUGGACGUUGGAGGCAACCCUUCAUGGCCACUCGCACGAGAUCUGGUCCUUGGCCUGGUCUCCGGACAGCCGAGAACUGGUUACGGGCGACCAGCUUGGUCGAGCUCGACUGUGGCAGAUGAGAGAUGAGGACAUGCAGCACUGA